AAUCCGUCAAAACAUUGGAGCAGGCCUGCUCUGUUAUCAACCAUCAGUUUCCAAAUAAACAAUUUCUGACAAUGGACACUGACGACGAGGAUGUCUUCGCUCUGAACGAAGAGGAGGACGUGAUAAUCGAACUCCCACAGACGUACAAUCCCGUCGAGGAGAACUUGAUAAGACAGUUGAAUGAGGUUGAGGAGCAAAUCGAGCGUGGAAAGAGGCAGAGCGAUGAAAUUAAGCUCGUCACUGAUAAAAUCCUCGAGAAACUCCACAGAAAGGCUCUGUACUACGACCCUGACAGCUCCACCUCCGACACCGAUUGCGAGCAUUAUGAUGAGGCUGGCGUACCGGUGUCGAAACGUCAGAGGAGGAAAAAAAGUGUGGGAACACAGGCGUUGAUUGUCACUGGAGUCUGGCAACGAGUUGUUGAUGACAAGUGGGUCAUUGGAGUCGAUCUUCAGAACACGUCGUCCCGGGUGCUGGCGAGUCCGAUUGUGUACGUGAUGAUAAAGGGUCAGGGGGAGUUGCAGGGUGUCACGUGCCUCUGGGAAAUGACCGAGGGGGCAUUGUCGAGGAGAAUAGACGAGUUGUGUCCAGAUGGUGGACAUGCGGUGGCCACUGUGGUCCUCGAUAUGCCGAUGUUCGAGGACUCGGAGAUUGUCGAGGGUCAUGGGGUCAUUAGCUAUGAUAUCGGGGGGUCUCAUCUGCAGGCGCCAAUCCACACCUUUCGGAUGUCCGCGGCGCAGGCCGUUGACAAGGCAAUGACACCCAGACAUUCGGCGGUUAUUGAAAAGAGCAUUCUGGCGAUAAAGGCAGCUUCCGUUGAGAAAAUCGUCAGCAUCCCGUUGGGGCAGGAUCUCGGGGAUAAAAUCAUGCGGUUCAUGGAGGAGAAUGCCUUCACCGAGAUCUUUCCUGAUGUGCAUGUGUCUAAGCAUAUCGGAACGUUCAGGCAUUGCAUCAUUGAGAUACUACUUGGGGAGGACGACGUCAAGUUGAGAAUUUUUGCGAGGUCGACAUCCCAAGUAAACAUAAUCCUCCACCUCCUGAAGGCUGAAAUUCUCGAAAUGACAGAGAGAAAUAAGCACGACAAAUUGCUCGAGGCGGCUAUUGCACUAGAACGAGAGAUCGAAUUGAGAUUGGAGGGUCUCAGCCCACGUGACAUACUCAACGCCAGUAUAGUCACUGACUUGCUCAUCCCAGAAUAGUCAAUUACAUAAUAACGAGCCCAGUCAUUAAGCCAAACUAUUCCCAUGUACCCAGGGUGUUUAUAAAAGUCAACAAGUAUUUUUCAAAUUAUUUAUUUUGUUAAACUAUAUAAAGCACAUAUUUUAUAAUAGAUGUUGCGAGUGAGUAGAGUGAGUUUGAGUGAGUGUGUGAGUUAAUGGAACUCGCUGAGCACUUUUCUUAUUAUUUUUUUGUUUCAUUUAUUAUUUCGAUAAAAAAUAUCAUCAUUACGACCGGCACAUUGUCACAACUUCUCAACCACAGUGACAUUUAUUUAAUCAGUGGUUCUUGUAUCCCUGAAGCUCUUGGCAUUGUCCGCCAGAAUAUCAAGCAUUAACAAUUUUAAUUAAAAUAUAUGGUAUUUCAAUGCAACAACUCUGUCGGUGUCCAGCUACACUCCAAAACGAUAAGAAUAAAUAUAUCUUGGUAUUU